AUGUGUUUUGGAAAGUGUGCUAGGUGCAUUGGGUACAAGUUGCUCAUUCUUGCCUUCCUCUGCAUUGUGGCUAACAUCUUGCUUUACUUUCCCAAUGGUGAAACAAGAUUCGCUUCAGAACAUCAGCUUAGCAAGUAUGUGGCGUGCCUUCAUGGAAUUAUAGGAGGAGGGAUUUUGAUAUUCCUCCCAGCUGCAGUGUUCAUUGGACUAGAAUACGAUAAUUGCUGUGGAUGCUGCGGGCAUGAGAACUGUGGGAAAAGCUGUGCAAUGCUGUCCUCUGUUCUGGCCGCCUUCAUCGGAAUCCUGGGGUCCGGCUACUGUUUCAUCAUUUCAGCUUUAGGUUUAUCCCAUGGCCCUUACUGCCUCUCUGCUGUAGAACAGAACUGGGUCUAUCCUUUCACUAACGCCAGUGGAGGGUAUCUGCUUGAGCGUGACAGGUGGUCUGAGUGUCGGGAGCCAAGGAAUAUCGUGGAAUGGAACUUGACCCUCUUUUCCAUUCUUCUGGUCUUGGGGGGGAUUGAAUUAAUUCUGUGUUCCAUCCAAGUAAUCAACGGUUUUCUCGGAGGAAUAUGUGGGGUUUGCUGUAAUCGGGAAGAGGUAAGGUCUAAUCCAGGAGAACAUUCAGUUCCAUUAUUUCCCUGUCAUGGCUCCUCUUCUGAAGCUCAGGUUCAAUUCGAAGUGGCCAUUACUGAGAAACUGGCGCACACGGAGCUGGUCCAAAUGAACGGUACCUACUGGUGUGUGACUGCCCAGAACCACUCCAUCGAGCUAAAUGGAAAGCCCUGCCCCUCAAGACAUCCAUCCGUGUGCAUGAUGGUCCCCCGAAGGUCAACCCUGACUGUUGACAGGACGCGGCUCCACCGUACUCCGCCAAUGAUGGGUAACCUAACAUGGGCUCCGGAAUGGCACUACGGCAGUAAGUAUCUAGAGGAGGGUCCACAGGGCCUGCAGGCGAAGAUCGAGGAGUUGGUGGCCGAGGCCCAAAGGCAUAUUGGGGAAGGCCGUCUGAGCUACACUCAGAUAGGGGAAACCGUGGACCAGGCCGAUGUGAAGUACUCAAAGGCAAGGAACCAGGCAGUGGAGGUUAAAGCAAUGAUUAUGGGCGAUGCCAUCUCAGACAUGUACCUGUCGGACAAUCAAAGGAGUUGCUCCGUUCCUAUGGACCCCAAAUCAGAAUUCAACAUAUAUAUUUUAUACUAA